CUAUAUUUAUUUUCUGUGUAGGUCAGUAGUAAACUUUUAAUCGAAGAAAUGCUUGUAGCCAAAAGACCAUCAAGUUCAAUGUCAUGCAGUACGAUAGAAAAUCCUGAGCUAAAAUCACUGGUUGCAGAUACAAGUUACAUUUCAGAUGACGAGAUGGAAGAUGAGCAAGAUGAUGAUGAAGAUUAUGAUAAUGAAGCAAGCAAGUCAGAUAGUCAGUUGGAAAAGUCCUCAGAUGUGUCAAAUAGUAGCGUAAACAAGUCAAGCAAUAAAGUGAAUGAAAAGUCCAGAGAAAAAGUAAGCGAGCCAGAUAGUGAAAUUGAAGAGUCUUCUGAAGUAUCAAACAGUCCUAUGAAAAAGUCAAGUGAAUCAGUAAAUGAAAACUCAAGGGAAGAUGUCAGCGAGUCAGAUAGUAAAAUGGAGGAGGAUUAUGAAGAAUCAAAUAGUCACAUGAAGAAGUCCAAUGAAAAAGUCCAUGAAAAUUCAAGACAAGAAGACAGCGAGUCAGAUAGUGAAAUGGAGGAGGAUUAUGAAGAAUCAAAUAGUAAAAUGAAGAAGUCCAAUGAAAAAGUCCAUGAAAAAUCAAGUGAAGAAGACAGCGAGUCAGAUAGUCAAAUGAAAAAGUCAAGUGGAACAGUCACUAAAAAGUCAAGGGAAGAAGGCAGCGAGUCUUUUGAAGAUUCUGAAGAACUGUCAAGUGAUAAAAUCAAAAAUCAUUCCAUUGUUAACGAGAGAGAUGUAAAAGUCAUAAGUCAUAAAAUUUUAUUAAACAUGAACUAAUAAAUAUUAUUCUAUAAAAUAUCUAGCUCUAC